UUAACCCUCCGAGUGAAGAGCCGCCUGAGCAGCUCCGUUUAUAACCAUCUAAUCAUUAACUCAUCCACUAAUCACCUCACGGGAUGAAAGGUGAUUUUACCUUCGUCCUUGUCGCAGGAAGAAAAUCACCAAAAAAAAGACACUGUCUCACACACAGGCACCGACAGCUUUUACCUUAAAUCGGUUUAUUUGAUCAAUUCAAAAGAUGAGAAACUUUCCGUUUGCACAGGUAGAGAAAGUGAAAGCAGGUAGAGAGGAGGUGAUCUGAGAGCAGAGCCGACAGCCUCUUAUUCACCUGAGCUACGCAGGUAAGGACACACGUCUUUGUUUUACAAUGUUGGUGUUCGGUCAGUGUGUGUCGGUUUCAUAUUUAUCUCUUUGACUUUAGACGUGGUGAUAAGUUUUUGGUCGAUCAGCGACAGGAGGGGAAACAACAAUCUAUGGCGCCCUUUGGAUGUUAAUCAACAGAUUCGCUGACAGACACGAUGGACAAGUCCACUGAAAACCCGGAGGAGGACACAGUGUCCCUGAGGAGCAACGGGAAGACGCCGGCCUGCGGUGUCACGAAGGAGAAACAGGGCUUCAUUCGGACGUUCAGAGAGAGCGCCCGACGCGUUGCAGCGAAGAACCCACUUUCACCUGGAGGCAAAGGGUCAAAGGUCAAACCCGAGGCGGACACAGCUGGAAAAGAGUUGGGGUUACAAACGCCUCCCUCACCCAGUCCGAGCACCGGCUCUGUGAAAUCUCCUCUGAAGAUGAUUGGGAGCAUCUUCCAGAGCAAACAGGAAAACAAUGGUGACGUCCCUCAACAGAAAAGCAUAUCUAUAAAGCGAACAAAGACAGAUCCCAACAUGUCAGCGACCCAUGAGAAUUUCAUGAGAGGACGCUUAACUCAAAGUAUGAAUUUCGGUGGCAGGAGGUUAAAAAAUAAAAACGCUAAAGAAAAUAAAGCUGUCCCUGAAGGCACCUUGGAGGAGAAGGAGGAGGAGAAGGAGGAAGAGGUGCUGACAGAGGUCGAGGAGACGUACACACUGCCAGAAUUACCCCACACUCUGCUGUCAGUGAUGGAGAUCAGCAAACUGAUAGAGAUGAAGGAGCUGGAGGAUUCUCACCUUCACCUGCUCGCCCUGCGUCAGGAGUUCCAGCAGGAAAAGGAGCGCUGUGGCGAGGUUUCGCCCGUGGAGCUGAUGAAGAAGGAAAAAGACCUCAGCCUCCUCUAUGGAAACCUGAGGAACAAGAUCACCGCCAUAGUGCGCGACUCCAACUCUCCUUCCUCCGGUAACGAAGAACUGCUGCUCCCCCUGGCUCGCAUCAUCCAGGAGGAGGAGAAGAGAGCCGAGGAACCGGGGAGUCUGCAGGGCAGCUGGAUGGAGGCCUGGAGGGAGGCGGUGGGCGAGGGGGUGAAGGUGAAGCUGGAGAGCGUGGGUCUGGAGCAGAGGGAGCAGAAGGCCUCCUGGCUGGCUGAUCACCUGGGUUUGCUGGGUAAGACCAUCGUGGAGGACUUGGAGAACGUGAAAAGGAAGCUGCGGUGGUCUUACCCGCCCAGCUUCAAAGUCUUCGGCACCUACGUGAAGAGUUACCACCGCGGCGUCGCGCAGCAUCUGAAGAAGCUGGAGCAGCAGGCGACGGAGCUGAGGGAACUGUACAGUCUGCUGGACUGGAUCAUCAACACCUACAAGAGCGAGUGCAUUAUGGGAAGUCAGUCCCUGCAGCCGGAGAUGAACGAUGAAAGCACCGAGCUGCAGCUGGAGGAAAACUUCCUGAAGCAGCUGAAAGAUAAAUACUGCAGCAAAGUGAAGGGCGACAUCCGGGAUUCACUCAACAGAGUCAUUGAAAUUGAAAUUGAAGAAGUCUGGAAGGUCAAAAAAGAUCCAGAAGAGGAGGAGAACUACUUUGUCUCUCAUAUCCCUAUGGACAUCUGGACGAAAAUGGAGGGAGUUGUUAAGAACUCUCGAAGAAUUGAUGCCGAGCUGGAACAGAAAGCCACGUCUUCCUGCCUCGAGGAACUGAAACCGUUUCCUAAUCGGUUUGAGGAGAAGUUCAACUGUCACUGCAGCACUCUCAAACCGCAGCCUCUUUGGACAAACUAUCAGAUAACGUACAUCAACACCUUCACUGUUUUACAGCAGCACAUGGAGGGAUACCUGGCCACCUGUCCAGGUGAGGUGGAAGGCUUCAGAAGAGAGGCGAAGUGUCUGAUUGUCAGGCUGCUGCAGGGCCUGGAGGACCAGUUCAAAGAGGAGGUCAAGCCCUUUCUGAGGAGAAUGAUGACGAGGAAGUGGCUGAAUGAUGACAGCGACUUCACUCAGCUUUACAAACGGACAGAGACUCUUUCCCAGCACUGCGCUCUCAUGAGGCCUCCGCACCUCCAGGAGUUUGCGAGUCGGUUGCACUACCAUGUGGCGAGGGAAUACAUCGGCCAGCUGAUGAAGAAUUACUACUCGUGCAAGAACCGGAAACACGAGAAUGCCGCGAGCAAGAUCCGUCACCAGUGGGAUAAACUCCGUUUCGUGUUUGUUGAUAUGGAGUCGACUCACGAGUGGCUGCACUCAGUAGGAGACGAGCUGUGUGACAUCAUCGGACAGAAGAAAAACACGGAGAUAAAGAACAACAUUGAACCUUUAGUGAAGCAGUACCCUGACUUCAGCAAGAGCCACCUGGUUGCUGUCCUGAACUUCAGAGGCCUGGUGAGAGGUCGUGAAUACCAGCUGAUCCUGCAGCGAUUCACGGAGCUCAAGAAAAAACUGAGCGGCGGCAGCGGCGGCGACAGAAGCCGAGUUUUUUUUGGCGACAUGCAGGUGACCAUCAACACAAACUGCCUGUCCAAUCUGCCGUUCUCCUGCUGCCUGCUGCCAAACAACUGUUAAAACACAGAGGAGGAAAUGUUUUAUGGAAGAGGAAUAACAGCUGAAGACGGGGAUUUGUGACAGUUACAGUUACAGUUCCUCUCAGGUGACUUAUCACACAUUACAGCCAACUAAACUCAAACCAACUGCACCUUUUACACAGAAUCAGGUACCUUUGUUAAAUCUUAAAAACAAAACUUUUUACUUUCAGAAUAUUAUUUAUACCAUUAUCACAGCUUGCCAAAUAAAUAUUUAUAUACAUAUAAUAAUAAGACUAUAGCACCUUUAAAAACCAAAGUUACAGUGCGUCACAAAAUACACUUACUGUAUAAUAUAGGUGCAAAGUCAGCAUAUGUACAUAUAUACAUACAUAUAUAAUAUAUACAGUAUAUGAAGGAUUUUAUCGUCAUAUUGAGCGGUUUACAAGUCUGUGUAAAAAAGAAAGUUUGGUGAAUGUGACUUUGAACACUCAAACCUCGCAGUAAAGAGGUUAAAGAUUAAAUAUUCUCAUAAGAAAUCCAGUAAAUGUGGAUUAAUCCGCUGCUGAAAAUAGUCCCCAACAAAUGGUCUAUUUCCUCCUGUUUUGGGGAAUGUUUAUUAAGACUACAGUGUCCAGAUGUUUUAGGAAUUGACAGCUGUUUUAUUUUAUUUUUUUAAAGAUUUACAUUCACAGUAGGAACCAAUGGGCUCCGAGCUAAAAGCCACAUUAUUGCAGAUACAUUGUUGGUUUGUGUCUUUUCAUGACAUCUGUUGACAGUAAGAAAAAUAAGGAAAAUGUUUAAAUGAAGCUAUAAAUGAACGAGAUAAAUGGAUAUAUAUCAACUGUCUUUCCACAAAUUACAAAUAGGACUGUGUGAACCUACAAAAAUGAAAAACAUUGUUUAAUAAGUUCAAUAAUGUCUCAUCUAACUCCCAGGAAAAUGUUGAAAUUUAAUGUGUUAUCACUUAAAAAUGGUAUGAAACUCAUUAAAAUGUGACGCAUUUGGUUUGUAACAGCAUUGUGAGGAAUUGCAGGGAUUGUUUUGUGGGAAAGAAAACAGUCAUUGAGUGAACUGGAUGAAAUUCAAUGUUUGGGGGGGGAAACAUGUGGAUGAAAACGAUGAAACUCAUGCAACAGAUAAAAGGUUUCGAUGCCAAUAACUUUGCUGUGAGGAGGUUUUCUCAACAGCUCUUUACUCUGCAGUAACGUUGGGACUAUUGUUUGCAAACUGCAUCUUCUCCAACGGCUGUCGGACCUCCUCGGCCGUGAACCUGUCAUGUGCUGUUGAGCGAGGAAGUGACGCUUGUGGACGUGGUGCUGGACUGUGACUGUAAAAUACGAGGGAGGUUCAUUUGGGAAAUAUGUGUGUGGUUCUAUUUCUGUCACAUCUCUUAUUCCAGAUGUUGCUAUAUGAACACAACUGCAUAAAAACCAGCUUUAAAUUUCACUUUCUUUGCAACCUGAUCGGUUCAUAGGUUUUUGUACAUUGCUGAUGAAUCCGUGAAUCUGAAUCUGUGUGUGAGAGGUGAAGAGUUCAGUGACUCAGGACGGUUUGAAUCAGGGGAAUUUGAACUUUCUGCCUCUAGCAGCUCUCCUGCUGUCACAGCUACGAAGAGAAGCCGACAGUGAUCUCGGUGACUUUGCCUGUGGCGUGACCGUUAGUGCCGGACGGGCUGGUUUGAGUCACCACAUCUGGAACCGGUAGACAGACCUCUGGGAUGUGGUAGAACAGGAAAAUGGCAGCAUGACUGUGCAGCUGACAAAUCUGCACAAAUGAUGUGAUGCAUCACGUCAACAUGGGGCAGAGUCUCGGAGGCUCUAACCAGCGUUUGUGUGGUGUUCCUAAUAAAGUGCUCUGUGAGUGGAUAUUUACAAAAUGUAUAAAAACAUUUAAACAAAUUAAAAUGUAAUUGUCAGUGGAUCUUCAUGUGAUAAUGACUUAAAUAAAAAAUAAAUAAAAGAAGUGGUGCUGAUUAUUACUAUCCGUUAAACAGAUCAAACAUGUAGAACAUUGGAUUGUUUCUCUUUGGAUGAAAAAGUCCCUGAUUUUAACUGAAAUAAUAAUAAUAAAAAAAAAACCAGUAUCACGUCUUACUAACGGAGCGACUGCUCAGCAAAAAACUAUAAAUGAAGAAAUUAACAAUGCAGCAGCUGUGGGUUGUUAUUAUUUACCGUGCAAAGAAUUUCAGGAUGUGAUCGUGAGCACAGGUGAGGCGUCUCACUGCCGGCUGACAAGAACACCACUUGUUUUUUAAAGAAAUGAAGAAAGAAAAAUGCUGGAUUUGACCAACGAGGGCUGGAAAAUGAAGCAGACACUAAAGUGACAAAAACUGCAGUUCCUCUAAUGGCCACUAGAGUCUCGCUCCAACAGUGAGUCAGUCCCCAGAGACUCCCGUGUUAAAAUGUCCGACUUUACAGCAGAAAUAAACAUGUUUACAGCCGGAUACAAAAAACAG